UCCAAUUCCUCUCUAUAUAUAAUUUUCACUCCCAUUUUGGUACAUUACUAACUACAUAUAUACUCAUCAAAUUAGAGUAAGUCAUAACCAUGAUGAUGGGAACGAAUAAGUUGGUGGUGUUGGUGUUGGUGUCCCUCUCUUUUGCUUUUGCAACAGAAGCUUGCCAUGUCAAAGGCAGAGUUUAUUGUGAUACCUGCCGUUUUGGUUUUGAAACUAAGGCCACCUUCUACAUUCCAGGUGCAACGGUGGCAAUUCAGUGCAAAAACAAGAAGACAAUGAAAGUAGAGUAUUACACGGAAGUUAAAACAGACAACACUGGAACAUACGGAAUUGAGGUUGACAAAGAGUUCAAUGAGCACAAUUGUGAGAGUGUUCUUGUUCACAGCCCAGUGUUGGGGUGCAACAAAGCAGACCCAGGGCGUAGCAAGGCCACCUUGGUGCUGUCCCACUAUAAAAAUGGCCUACUCAACCAUGUCCACUAUGCUAAUAACCUUGGUUUCUUGAAGGAUGAGGCAUUGCCUCAGUGCCAACAACUCCUCAAAUACUACUUCUCCGAUGUUUGAUUCUGAUGAUGAACUACUAUUAGCAGCUAUAUGUUCUUGAUUUGAUUUUAUGUGCAUUAAUAUUAGAAUAAUAACUAAAGCUAAGAAGGAUUUUUUCAUCUAUUUCUAAUUAAGUUUAAGUAUCUAGCUGUAUGCUUUAUUAUUA